AUGCACACUCGCUCUUCAUUGCUGUUGCCACUGGCAUGGUCAGCGUCGUUCCUAUCGGGAGUCAAUGCUGACUGUGAAUCCUUUGGUAUCGACUUUGUCAACAAUGGAAAUUACUUCAUCAACUCGGCCUCGAACCAAUCUUUUACCUCGGUCACAGAGUUUACAGGUUGCGCCAGCGACGUCGCCGCCGUUGAGUUAGUCAACUGGGACUCAGGGGCCGAAUAUCUUUGCUCAGAUAUCCCUCUGUUGCCAGAUGGAACUCCGGAAACAUCCACAUGUGACAUCGAAAAGGACCAAAUGGUGUCGGGCACCUGGGGAUUGAUUCUCAUCUCCAACAAUGGCGUUGACCCGGACUCCCCACCGUUUGCAAACCAAAGAACUUUCUCGUUGAAUGUUGGCACACAGGCGACUUCCACUGUUACACCAACCAUGACCUUCAACAUGACCACGACGCCGACCAUUACAUCACAAACCACAUCUUGGGUCGUCAACACUACGACGGUCAACAACUCUGUGACCGUGACACAGCCUGCAGCCACACGCUGGGUAACAAUAACACCUGAUCCCACCGUAGUAACCAAAACCUUCAACCUCGUCCGCACCCUAAAGACCUGGUCCCGCACAGCAGUAGUCUACACCAGCACCGCAACAGCCAGUUGCACAGUUCCCNCACGCCCUCAACAGCCCGAUCCACCAUGCCGCAGAUGGCCCCGUCUGCUCAAAGUGCCUCCAGGUGUCAGGAUUGCCAGAGAUGUUCCUGAGGAUUAUGCCAGUAUCAAGAAGCGAUUGGCAGAUAUUAGGGCUAGAAGGGCUGCGGAGAUUGAUGCGAGGGAUUUGGCAAAGAGGACUGCUGAUGCGCCUACGAUUACUGUUACUGGCAGUGUUACUGCAAAUUGGACCAAUACCUUCACCGCCGCACCCACAACAGUGAUUAAUAUCGUCUUGAGCAGCUCGACUGUCACCACCACACUUCCACCAGCCACCAUCAAGACUGGCUACGCAAGUGCCUUCCUCACCCUCCCUCCCGUCACAAAGACUAGCUUUACAGUCAACACAGCCUACACAUGGCAAACCAAGACCAUGACGGCCACAUUCGUUAAGACGACCACUGUAACGCCAACCGGUGUCAUGACUGCGUGCAAGAGCAGAGGAGGUCACUUUGGAAAUGGAUGGUAA